AUGGCGAAAGGAACUGCCAACCCGAAGACCAAAAUCGCCACGAAGACCAGGAAGACCGCGGCCAAACCGAGUACGAACAAGCCUACUGCUAAAGCCACCCGGGAUCCAAUCGACGCAGUGUCGGCGGAUGAAGUAGAAACCGUCCGUAAGACACUGCCUCGCUUCUUGUUCCGCGCCUGGUCACCUACAUCUGGCGGCAAUGCUAGGCUAAACACCGAACAAGCAAUCGCACCCCUUGCCUUCCUCGACACUACGGACAUCGACUCAUUCUACGACACCUCUCGCCAGAAACUGGCACAGCUAGCCAAUCAGCAUCUGCAUGGCCAGCUCACGGAGCCAGUGUAUUCUUCCUGGUCUCAGUCACUAGCCUUCGUGCUCAGUAUCGGAGCGUCACAUCACAGCAACGCUUGUAUAAGCAUCCUCGACGUUUCCAAGUUGGAUCCUUCCGUCGUGGUCAUGCCGACAUGGGCGAUGUCGGAAGUGCUGCGACAUCCUGUGAGCGUAUUUGCGCACCAGUACCUGGCGUUCGGUAUCAUCUCUGGGCCGAGUUACGAAGCAAUUCCCCGAAGUCAAAUCAGGGGCGUUGGGUUUAUCGACAAUCCCAUCAACCAUUCAACCGCCGACUACUUCAAGCGCGACGAGAAGCCGGAGCCAGGAGCCCCCUUGUUGCACAUGAAGAUACGGUCCAUAGCUGCAUACGCAGCACAGCUGUACGGUCCUGACUUUCAGCUGGCCAUGGCAACGUAUAUGUUGGCCAUGGUCGAUUACCACGGCAACGUUGAUGAUCAAACACUCCUGAAGGCCUUAGCCAAGUUCCCAAUGCCCCGAGAUUGGAAAAGUGAUCACCGAUUGCUGGAGGCAAGCUCAAUGGACACGCACGAGUUCAGGGAGACCAUUUGA